AUGUUUGCCGUAGCAGCAGGACGUGCGGGAAAAACGACGAGAAACAACAGCAGCAGUAUCGGCGGCAACAGCGGCGAUACGUCAUCGGAUGCGGAGCAAGACGGGGAUGGUUCGACUUCGCCGGCUGCGACAAAUUCGACGUCGACGUCGAUAUCGACACUGACGACAACGUCGACGUCGUCUCGACCAACUCGUCGGAGGGGCUAUUCGUGGAUCUUUGUCGGUGUCGUGACCCCGAGUCGGAUCCCGACGACGUUGCUGCAACUCAGUAUGGUGCAGGCGGUGCAGGACGAGUACGUCAUGAGAAACAACAUCGAGGGGAAGAUCGUCAGCGUCGAUCAUCGCAGUAUCGGCGGCAACAGCGGCGAUACGUCAUCGGAUGCGGAGCAAGACGGGGAUGGUUCGACUUCGCCGGCUGCGACAAAUUCGACGUCGACGUCGAUAUCGACACUGACGACAACGUCGACGUCGUCUCGACCAACUCGUCGGAGGGGCUAUUCGUGGAUCUUUGUCGGUGUCGUGACCCCGAGUCGGAUCCCGACGACGUUGCUGCAACUCAGUAUGGUGCAGGCGGUGCAGGACGAGUACGUCAUGAGAAACAACAUCGAGGGGAAGAUCGUCAGCGUCGAUCAUCGGAUCUCAUACCUAACGGGCUUCUCUGUAUCCGAAGUGAGAGGACACAAUGCGUUCGCCUUCAUUCACGAAGACGACCGCGAAAGAAUUGCUCAAGAGUACCUGCGAAUGUUGUAUAAAAGUGAGGAUGGAACAGGCCACGUGAUUUACCGGUUGAAAACGAAAUCCAGUCAAGUUGUAUACCUCCGAACCCGGGGUUUCCUUGAGUUCAACAGGUCAACACAGCGGGUGGAAUCCUACGUCUGCAUCAACACCCUCAUUACGGAAGACGAGGCUAUGAAACUGGACGAAACUUACAGAACGAACCAAAGAAAAUUAAUCAAAGAUUGCAUCGUGCCCGGCGGCAACCAUGCGUCGACGUCUUCUUCAGUCAAGUGCCUUCCUGCCCUGCCUGAUGCCGCGAAAAGCUCCACUGCGACGUCGACUACGACGUUUCCGGACUCAGACAAUGAUUCCAGCAAGUGUCUCAACAACAACGACGAUUACAGUAGGAACAAGAACCUCGACGAGGCUAACGCCAGUGAGGAUCGACACCGCAACCAAGUCUCAUCCCCGAGGAUCCUGAAUAUCAGCCGAAAUAGGGAAAAUUCCUUGAGCUCCGCAUCUUCUUUGUUUCUUGCGCAAAAGAUCUUCGAUCGGCCAGAAUUGGGGUUAAUAAAAUACGCAGACGAAGAUGGCGAAGAAAUCAUGGCUCCGGUGUCGAUUCUUGCACCGGAUCAGCGGAGGCAUCUGAAGCUCGCCGGUUGCGCCCCCGUGCGAGCAGAGUCACUCGUGUCGUCGACGGUGUCGACGCCGGACGACAUUGACGUCGUCCCGGACAGCAACGGACGAAGUUCGACGCCGGAUUUGGACGAGUGCCUGUUUCGCAUUGAGACUCCAGUGCCGUUUCCCGAACCUUCGCCCUUCAGCGAGGCCAUGCUUUAUUCCGGACUGGACGUGACUCCCGAGAGAACGAUGACGACUACCUCGUCACUCACUUGCUGGUAUGAUGACGGACCAGUAAAUACACCGCAAUGUACGCCAGUUAUCGACGGCAGCGUCGAGCUCGACGGAGCGACACGAGCUAAACGCGUCAAGCUCGACGGCGCAGUUCACGCGUGGACUCGACAAACCGCAAAUUCUUAAGAAGAGGAAACGGAUUUUCUAACUAUUUUGCACUUUGGAAAUUUUCCUCUCCUCGUCCAACCGCUGAGGAAAUUUAUCUCUGAACUUAGCAAACCGUUCGCUCAGCACGAUCCGAAAGCUGUCCGAAAUCUAUUGAUAGUAAAUACUUCUCAAGAAAAUUAUGGACGAUAUCGCGGAUUUAAGAAAAAAAGAAGAAUUUUCUGCUGAAUAAAAAAUUUAUGAUGGAGUUAAAAUAUUCGGACUUGCGCGAGUAUAUAAGAAGAAAUUCUGAACCAGAACAUUUCCUUUCAAAAUUUUUAUUUCAUUUCCAAUCUGGCUCAAUGUCGUCUUUGACUCUUCGAAUUCAUACGCUUGGAAAUCUGAAGGAAACAAAGAGAAAAAGCGUGGAUGAUGAAUUAUGGUUUCCAUCGAAUUCUACGAUUUUUGUAUGGAAAGUCUGGAAGCUGCCUUUCGAAGUAACUUUCAUGAUGGUACAAGAGUUUCUUUUUUGUUUUCGUCUGAAUUCAAACUACGCCGUGUUUCUUAUUUGGAACUUUACGCUUGAACGUUAAUUUUGCGCGCUUCUAUAUAUAUAUACAGUAACAUUUGGAAAUUUCUCAGAUUGUUGAAAAGCACCGUCAAGUGCAAUCUACUGAGAGCUCAAAACAGCAAGCGUUAAAAUAUAUUAAUUUAAAAAAGAAAUCAAGGAAUAAUAGAUUCUCCGCUUCUUUUUUAUUCGUAAAUUUUGGAAACAUCUAGAAUUUCUGAAACGCGGAGCUGGGACCAAAAAUACGCUAUUUGAAGUUUUGUCCCACAAGAGUUGUAUCAUUUCCACGCGAAAAUUUUCGGCUAUCAUGCUCUAGAGAAGAGAAAAAAAAGCUAAACAAAUAGAAAAGAAUACGCCACGAAGUCGAAAUGAUUGAUGAGAGAACCGUGCUGGUGGUUAAUGUCUUUAUUCCGAGUGUCCCGGGAUUUUGUUUCGGACACAAUUGUUUUUUUUUUUUUAUUGUCUGCUAAGCAAAACGAAUGGUCAAAAUGUGUUUCCCACGAAGCUCGCGCUGUUUCGGGGGAGGAUUCAGAUGUUCUUUUCAAAGGAACAGCAUAAAUGUGAGGUGCUGAAAUUGUUUUCAGUGUAUUUUUCAUUGAACGAUCUCAUCGCAUGUGGUUUUUAUGGAAAAUUCUUUCAAACGUCGAAUUAAAAUGAGCACCCUGAGCUGAUUUAAAAGCUUUACGUGCGCUGCGAUAACUUCGGUUCCAUCAUGCAGUUCGGGGAAGGUGUUUUCUACGCGAUAUUAGUCAAUGCUUUAUUUUCAAUCGAUUGAAAAUACGCUCAUAUAAAUAAAACCCUGGUUUUCAUUAUUAGCAAUAGCGGCUGAAAUAAUUAUCUCAUGAUCUUCAUUUGACAAUGAAUCACUGCCGCGAUGUUUCCACUGCCACGCGUGCACUUCUUUACCUAAAAAUGAGAAACACGUUAAAAUUUGAUUUCUGCAUUA